AUGGUGCAAGGGCCAAAUGUUAUUACUAAUGAGGUGAAUGGUGAGAGAGGUAACAUUUGGGUCUUUUGGAGGAAAUCUCCGGAAAGGCCGAAUGUUCUAUCCUCUUCAAAACAAGAUAUCACUUUGGAUUUUUCUGGUGAUUAUAUCACGGGUGUGCAUGCUUCUUCUGACGCGGUGGCAAGGAGAUCUCUUUGGAGUCAACUGUGGUUGGGAUUUAUUUAUAUUCCGUGGUUGAUGUUGGGUGAUUUUAAUUGUGUUAUGCACUUGGAUGAAAAGAAGGGUGGAAGGCCGAUUAAAGAAAUUUAUAUGAAUGAAUUUCGAAGUUGGAUCUCUGACAAUGGUUUGGUGGAAGCAUAUGUUAUUGGGAAGAAAUAUACUUGGACUAAUUGUCGGAGUGGUAUACAUAGAAUCGUUUCUAAACAUGAUAGGGCUGUUAUUAAUGAUGCUUGGUAUGAUAAGUAUGCUAAUUGGAGAUGCAAAGCUUUGCCAAGAGUUUGCUCUGAUCAUUUCCCUCUGUUUGGUUUUGCUUUUGACAGUCCAAGGCCAAAUAGGGCUCCUUUUAGAAUUCAUAAAAUGUGUCUUUCUCAUCCAUCUUUUUUGGAUUUUAUAAAGAAAAAUUGGAGUGGUAGGCUGGAUGGUGCGCCCCCUUUUGUAUUCACGUCUAAGUUAAAGAGACUGAAGGAAGCCUUGAAGGUUUCCGAUGCUAUAAAGGUUGUUAAUGAGGAUGAAAUAAAGGAUUACAUUAUUGAUCACUACCGUGCAAAAUUCAAUGGUGGAGGUGUGCAUAUUGAUCCAAAGUUGUUUGAAUAUGAGCAUGAAAGCAUCUCAGCUGCAAAAAGUGCUUUUAUGGAUGCUAUUCCGUCUUUGGAUGAAGUUAAGGAAGCAUUUUUCGAUUUGGGCGCAGACUCUGCAUCUGGCCCUGAUGGAUUUACAGGCUUGGCAUUACUAAAAAGGGUCCUAAUGAUUUUAAGGCCAAGAAAGGGCGUUUUCUCUGUCAAGUCGGUUAAGGCUGCCAUCAGGGCACCUGCGGAAGUUUCGCCAACUGCGGCUCUUUUUACUAGAAGUGUUGUGCAUCCUACCUUAAGUGUACAGUACUGGAAGUUAUUUAAUAAACAAUGUUGCGCUACUGAAGAUAACAUCAUUAAGAAUACAGAUCUUGUGGCCUCUUACAAGGUUGCAAAAGGGCGUAGUAGGAUGAUAAAGGAUCUGUGGCUUGUUGCAAAUCUUGCAAUAGUUACGGAAUUAUGGAAGCUGCGGAAUAAGGCUUAUUAUGCGGACAUGUAUGUUCGACGGCUUGAAUUUAAGGGACGGGUUCAUCAGAGUGAAGCACAGAUAUUGCAAGCACUCUAUUCCAAUUGA